AGUAAGCUAAAAGCUAUUUUGAAAGUGACCCCUCAUUCGGGAAUGGGACAGCAACACGGCAGCUGUUUGGAACCAUGAAUGAAGAUGACGGAUUCGGUUGUCGUGGAGGGUUACGUCAAAUUCAGAGAUGGGAAAAAGUGGAAGAAUAGGUGGGUCGUACUUCGCAAGCCUUCGCCUGUAGCAGACUGUCUGGUGCUGCUGGUCUACAAAGACAAGUCAGACAAAGGCCAGGGUCACCGCGAGAGGGCCAGCGUCACCUUGGAGGACAUUUGUGGCCUGGAGUCGGGUGUGUCCUAUGAAGGUGUGGGCCACACACUCUCCAUCCUCUGCCUGAGCCAGGCUGCCGUGCUGGGCUUCGACGGAAAGGACACUCUGCUGGCCUGGGAAAUACGCAUCCGCUACAGUUUGGGAGAAGUCCACAGGUUCAGCGUUGGCAUCUUACCGGGCACCAAGCUGGAGUGUGGGCCUGCUACCCUGCACUUAUGUAAUAACCUACUGGUUCUAGCUAGGGACCUCCCCCCCGUUAUCAUUGGUCAGUGGAACCUUCCGGACCUGCGCAGGUAUGGGCCCGUACCAAACGGCUUCGUCUUCGAGGGGGGAACGCGCUGCGGCUACUGGGCCGGCGUCUUCUUCCUAUCGUCCCUGGAGGGCGAGCAGAUCAGCUUUCUAUUCGACUGCAUCGUCAGGGGCAUCUCCCCCACCAGGGGCCCCUUUGGACUGCGGCCAGUCCUUCCAGUGCCCGAUGCCGUGGCCAGCCAGGCCCACGCUGAGGAGCGGAUGAACCAAGAAGCGCAGGAGCUGGAAAAACGCAUCAGCAUGCUGGCUCAUCUGAGCAGCACAGCCUCCUCGUAUGUUCCCUCUGUGGCCGGAGACGACCAUAGCAUAUCGGGCUCCUCAGAGAACUCUGACACCAGCCAAUCGGACUCCAGCAUCGGCAGCCGACUGGCCAUUUGGACCGAGGCUGUCACAACAAGCUCCGCCCCCGCAGAGAUCAUCACUGGCCAGUCAGGACCCAAGGUGACCUCACAGGCCGAGGAGAAACUGUCCGUCGGCCAAGUGGGAGGAGCCCGAACAGUGGCCAAGCCUCCUCGAUCCCGGCAGCUGCAGGAGAUUGGUCGCCAGAGCUCAUCGGACAGCGGCAUCGCGACAGGAAGCCACUCCUCUUACUCUGGGAGUUUCUCCUCCUACACAGGUAGCCUGGACUUUGGCUCUCUGCUCAGCCUUCCCCCACACCUAGCCUCGGACCUGGCCCCCUGUACCUGCCCCCCGGCCCCAGGACCCGAGUACCAGACGCCCACUUCACUGAGGUACCUCUAUGACAGUCCCCGGACUGUACUGCAGGGGGACACAGCGAAGGCCAGGGGGCAGGAGUCUUCUACAAAACCUAAGGACAAGACAGCCAGUUCACGCCAGUCAUCCCCGUCAUGUGAUCCAACACAGGGGGAGGAAGGGGCUCAUUCGGGGGGUUGCUCGGACACUGUCAGGUGCUCCACCGCAGAGCUCGUGCACGGCCGACCUGAGCGCAAAAGCAGUGCGGCGCCCCCCAGUGACAGUCAACACCCAGACUCCUGUCUGGUCUGCAGCACUGCCCAAACCACUGCCUCCAGAACCCUGCUCACCAUCUGCCAAACCUGUGGUGGUGUUAAGGGCAACCCGCUCCCCUACCCUGGGGGCUCAGCCAUGCCAGCAAUACCAGGUGAACGUAUUGAUAGGGGCUCGUUCAGACCCAACAGCAGCUCCUUUGAAUACGUCCAGGUUGCCUCGCCGAAAACUACGAUGACCGCAGGGCCACUUGCUUCGGUGACCGAUCGCAGCACAGAGAAUCUGAGGGGGAUUCGCGAGGGACCGGCGGGUCUACAGACCAGAGACAGGGGGAGGUUAGCCAACCUCUUGGCUGACCUAGUGGGAUACCGUGGCUCAAGUGGAGAGCCAGGCACCAAGACGGACAGACUGAAUCUGUACGAGUCGAUGGCCACUGCUUCGGGACGAGAGCUUAGAUCUCAGCAUCCUGUAACCGCAACUGGACCUUUAGGUUACCCGACCUUGCGGAAAGGUGAGAGGACUGUCAUUUAUGAAAACUGCCUGAAGUGCGGGAAAGGGGAUGGGUGCCACCCCCCCGCCAGAGGGACACCAACAUUAUCCAGUGACAGUGUUGUCGAGCGGCCCAGUCACAUUCACCACAGUGGUGUGCGUUUGGGAUUGCCUCCACCCUCGGAGCCAUCCUCACAGAACCGUGUGGAUCGCAAAGAGACGCCUGAUUGGCGGCCCAUUGAAGUACAACUGCUGGACUCUGAAGUCCAAGACGGGGACCUUCCGUGUGUAGAUGUGAAAGGUCAUUCGGUGUCAGUGGAAGACAAGAAGCAGAGGAGGAAGGAGGAAAGGAGUGCAGUCGAAUAUGAGAUCAUGGAAAGUCGAGCAUUGGAGAAGAGCUCAGAGCCAGAGGAAAAAUGCAAGUAUGAGCUAAUGGGGAGUUAUGGAACACCAUGGUUCCUUCAUGAGACUGACGGAACCACGCACGCGUCCCCUCCGGAUUCAGCUGCUCCAGAAAGACCCCGUGGUGACGGAGUGACUUACGUCAAUAUUCCUGUCAGCCCCACGUCCAAGAAACAGCUUUAUUAUAUGGAGUUGGACCACCAGGACCCUGCGGGGUUCAGGGUUAGUGGCCAACGCCUCCCAGGACAGAGAAAAUGUUCCACAAAAUACGCCCAGAUAGACAUCACGGCUACGGACGCUGCCCACAAAACGGGUACCCAGCAUGCCCUGGGGCGAGAGGAGGGUCUUCACACUCUGGAACAGAGGAGGAAGGGAGUAUCACAGUGACACCACGCGUCGCGCGCUGACCUCGACGAAGAUGUUGGAGAAAGUUGUAAACAUUUUUAGAAUUCAUGGAACCCCUCGACCCUAAUGGCUUUCCUUGAAUUACCAGCCAAGUUCCCAGGCUCUUACGAGGACGGCUCCUUUCGUUUGAAUUUGAUGAACAGUACAGCAGCAUUAACGCCAACUGUUAAAGUAGAAGACAAGAGCUGCUGUUGUCACGGCAGGGAACAUCUCAAUCAGGGCUUCUCUCUGUGGAUACAGACGUCUCAUUAGAGUAUCGAGUCGCCGCCGCAGCCCGGGGGCCGACUUUGGAGUGGAAGCCUGUUAGUGCCAGUCCUGGAAACGGCCCCCAGGGGAGUGGCGGGUUUUUCACAGCCUCAACUGUGCCACCCCAUAAUCUAAUACAUUGUGGUCAGGAUCUCAUUUGGGGAAAGAUGGAGGAGGGACAUGAGAAAAAAACCACAGGGUCUAAUUAUGAAGAGCGUCACCCAUCAUAACACCUCUCUGAUUAUCAUUAUAUUCAUUCUACACCGCCUAGUUAUACGAAAGCCUUGAUUGGGGCCUUUUGAUAGAGUUUAGUUCAGCACGGGGUCGGAAAGAUAAUGGAAAAUCAGUCUCUAUUUGUCCUGUAUAAUACAAGCAGUCUUACUCAUUCAGAACGCUCGCCUGGCUUUUUAAUCACUUCAUAAAGCAAAUGUGACAAAGUGGGCAUAGAAGUUGCAGCAGUCUUUGUGUGUCAAUGAGAACAGCGCGAUCAACCCCUCAUUAAUGGUUUCUGAUGAUUCAGCCCAGGCUGAGAAUUGUUCUCUGUUGUCUAAAUGAACUUUGGUUGGCUUGAGUGUGCCUAAUUGCCCACUGAUGGCCACAUGCGUCGCAUUUAUUUUUCAGAUUCACAGUUCACAUGGCUUCGCCAAGGGACAAACAAACAGUGCUUUUGCAACACACACACACACACACACACAUAAAUAAUUCAGAACAUGUAAUAAGAAACAUCAUUGGAUUUUUGCAGCUUCGCAUAAAGGGGAGAUUUUAAACUAUAUUCUUGGAAAACAAUUCUAAAGCACCUUCGGCCACCAUUAUUCAGACAUGAAUUUUUGUAAUACAUUAUUUAAGACAGGAGUUACUUUGAACAUGUAACCUUAGACAAAUAGAAAUAGCUGUUUGUCUGUAUUCCCUUUUGUGUCAAAUUAACUACAGUAGGGAGAACAAGUAUUUGAUACACUGCCAAUUUU